GGUCAGCGUUGUACAUGACGAUCGUACGAUCGUUAGACGCAGACGCGCGAGAAAGCGAGUCGGACGAGGAAACGCGAGCGAGAUGCAGCUAUUCGCGGUCGGGAUGAUGAAUUCGCCUGGUGCGGCAGUAACUCGAGUGGAAGUUCGUCCACUGUCUUCUUGACCCCCCCCCCCCCCCUCCCAACCUCCUCCCUUCCCACCGUGGUACACACGUGCAUCAUGUACCCGACGUCCUCCAGACUCCUGCCGUCUCAUCUUCCACCAUCGCAAGCACCUUGCGCUGCGAUUGACGCAUGGCCGGCAGUAACAGCACGUUUGGCCGAGGGAGGACCUGUCGUGGGGACCAUGCGCAGCAUAACAACGGCAGCAGUUCGAUCAAACACGGAUGGUCGCGCGCGUUCGCUGGCGUCUGGUCGCUGGUAGUUGGAGCAAACUUUGCAGGCGACAGGACCGUCGAACCGGGAGUCAUUUCAGUCCAACGUUGCCCCUCGAUACUGACGGACUCAAUCUCUGUCGCAACCAGUUGUUCUCGGUUCGGUUCCCCGGUUCACCCUCCCCAUCAUCUCUCUUCUCCGUUCCACACGAGUGCUGUUGGUGUGAGCGAGCCGGAUCAUUACAAUCAUCCCCGCCUUAAUACGGCUUCCUGUCCGUACGUCAUCAUCGUCCCGUCCCUGAAAGGAUGCUGCUACGUAAAGUGUCCGCGACGUUUGGCGCCAGCUUGCGCCAACAAUUGGCACGCCAGGGUGGAGAGACUGGCGCUUGUGCGACCGUUCUCACCGUUCAGCAGCAUCGACGCUGGCUCUCGAGCGGAAGUAGAAAAUCUAAUCCCAAAAUCCUUAUCACAGGUGGGUUGGGUCAGCUGGGCGUAGAAUGUGCCAAGCUCUUGCGUAGCCAGUACGGCGAGGAAAGCGUCAUUCUGUCCGACAUCAUCAAACCGAGCGAUGCCAUUCUGGACAGUGGUCCAUACAUAUUUGCUGACAUCCUGGAUUUCAAGGGUUUGCAGAAGAUCGUUGUGGAUCAUCGCGUCGAUUGGAUCAUCCACUUUUCCGCCCUCUUGAGUGCGAUUGGAGAGCAGAAUGUGCCGCUGGCGGUACGCGUUAACAUCGAGGGCAUGCACAAUGUGCUGGAGCUGGCCAAGCAGUACAAGAUGCGCAUCUUCGUGCCCAGCACGAUCGGAGCGUUCGGCCCGGACAGCCCCCGAAAUCCGACGCCAAACGUCACCGUCCAGCGGCCACGCACAAUCUACGGUGUAUCGAAGGUGCAUGCCGAACUGAUGGGCGAAUACUAUCACCACAAAUUUGGGCUCGAUUUUCGCUGCCUCCGAUUCCCGGGUGUUAUCUCGAGUGAUCCACCAGGUGGUGGCACUACCGAUUAUGCGGUGGCCAUCUUCUUCGAAGGCCUCAAGACGGGAAAGUAUCAGUGCUACCUCAAGCCAGACACGCGACUGCCCAUGAUGUACAUCGAGGAUUGUUUGCGGUCACUGCUCGAGUUUAUGACGGCACCGGAGGAGAAGCUAAAGCGCCGGGUGUACAACGUCACCGCGAUGUCGUUCACACCGGAGGAGCUGGUGGAGAAGCUGUCCAAGUACAUCCCUCAGCUUCACGUCAGCUAUCGGCCCGAUAGCCGGCAGCUCAUUGCGGACUCUUGGCCCCAAGUGUUUGAUGAUUCAGAGGCGCGCCAAGAUUGGGGUUGGCAACCGAACUACGACCUUGACAAGCUGGUCGAUUUAAUGGUGCGCGACGUUACGGAGAAUUACAUCAAAAAGGGAAACUAAGGAUUCCACGAAUCUUUCAGCCAUAAUCUAAAUAAACGGAAUACUCUUGCCCUUUAACACCCUUCCUUUCUGUCACGCUU